AUGCUAAAAACCGCUACAGUCUGUUCAGUCCGGACUUUGGCUCGAAAUCUUGUGAGAAGCAUGUCUGACGUCAAGGAGUUCGAUUAUCUCGUUAUUGGUGGAGGCUCCGGUGGAAUCGCUUCUGCUCGUAGAGCUCGUGAGUUCGGUGUUUCCGUUGGACUUAUCGAAUCUGGACGUCUUGGGGGAACCUGCGUCAACGUAGGAUGUGUACCAAAGAAGGUAAUGUACAAUUGUUCCAUGCACGCCGAGUUCAUUCGUGAUCAUGCCGACUAUGGCUUUGAUGUUACUUUGAAUAAGUUUGAUUGGAGUAAGAUCAAGCAGACUCGGGAUGCAUACAUUCGAAGACUGAACGGCUUAUACGAAAACGGAUUGAAUGGAUCGAGUGUCGAACUCAUUCGUGGAUAUGGAGCUUUCGAUGAUGAAGGAAAUGUUGUUGUUGAUGGCAAGAAAUACAGAGGAAAGCAAACACUCAUUGCAGUUGGAGGUUUCCCAACUAUUCCAAAUGUUUCUGGAGCUCAAUACGGAAUCGAUAGUGAUGGAUUCUUCGAUCUGGAGAAACUUCCAAAGCGAACUGUUGUUGUUGGCGCUGGGUACAUCGCCGUAGAAAUCGCUGGUGUUCUCGCCAAUCUAGGAUCUGAUACUCAUCUCCUAAUUCGAUUCGACAAGGUUCUCCGCACAUUCGAUGAAACUCUCAGCACUUCUCUCACCGAGGCCAUCGUCGAGGGGCCAUUAAAUCUUCACAAAAACACUAACGUUUUGGAAGUUAUAAAGAAAGAAAACGGUCUUUUGACAGUUAAGACUGACACCGGAGAUAUUGAUGAUGUCGAAACUCUGAUUUGGGCUAUUGGACGUACCCCUUCAACAGGAAAGUUGAACCUCGAUAAAGUCGGUGUGAAAACCGAUGCUGGUGGACAUAUUGUUGUCGAUGAAUAUCAACACACAUCUAAGGAUGGAAUUCUCUGUGUUGGAGACGCUACCGGAAAAUACCUACUGACUCCAGUUGCCAUUGCUGCCGGACGUCGUCUUGCUCACAGACUCUUCAAUGGAGAAACUAACAGAAAACUUGAUUAUGAGAACAUCGCUACUGUUGUUUUCAGUCAUCCUCUCGUGGGUACUGUUGGUCUUACUGAAGCUGAGGCCAUCGCCAAGUAUGGCAAAGACAAUGUCACCUUGUACAAAUCGAAGUUCAACCCUAUGUACUAUGCCGUUACAACUCAUAAAGAACCAAGUGUCAUGAAACUUGUAUGUGCUGGACCAGAAGAGAAAGUUGUUGGAGUUCACGUGCUCGGUUUCGGAACCGAUGAAAUGUUGCAAGGAUUUGCUGUUGCUGUUACCAUGGGAGCUACUAAAGCUCAGUUCGACAAUUGUGUUGCAAUUCAUCCUACAAGUUCCGAGGAGUUCGUCACAAUGCGUGGAGGAGUAAAGCCACAAUAG